UGAUUUUUGCGUCACGACUGUCAAUGAACAGCACGCAGCUAAAUCAUUUCACAGUAAUGAUUUCAAAUACAAUCACGGGAAAACACUAAACACAGGUUGGAAAGCAAAUGGCUGCUGCUGAAAAGAGAAGACUAAUCUGUCUGUCGGUCAAAAUAUUUGAUUAACUUCCAAAUGGGUCUAUGGAGCGAAUAGCACUGUGUUACAAAGUACUCAUCAUUGGGGGUGGUGCUUGUAGGUGGAGCUGAAUUGGACUACUUAUCUCAGUGCAUCUUAAGCUUCCAUCUAUGAAUGAGAUUGCUUUAUGGAAAGAAACACCAUGAACACUCCACUACUGAUGUUUGUUCUUCUGACUCUACCCUGCUACAGCGCACAUGGGCAGAUCAAUCCUUUUGGAAUUCCAGUCUCCGUCCAUGCUGGGAAGUUCUACGGCACGUCUCCCAGAGGUCACGUCUGCGGCAGGGUUAAUUAUAGCGGUCUAGAUUUCACCUGCUGUGAAGGAGUACGGCAUAAAGGGGCGGGACUGUCCUGCUGUGGAAGCAGAGCCUUUAACCUCACCCAGGCUUCCUGUUGUCAAGGUCAGUUAACUCUGAAUGUGAGCCAGCUGGUGUCAGAUUGCUGUGGGUGUAGGCCCUACGACCCACUCAACCAGCUGUGUUGUGACUCACGGAUCCUAACCAGGACCCAACCUCAUGCCAAGUGUUGUGGAAAAGAGCUUUACGAUGAAGACCACCAGCUUUGCUGUGGAAAUGUUUUGAAAGGAAGGAAGGUCCUGGCCAAAAUGUCCAGUCACCACCGAUGCUGUGGAGACCACCAGUUUGACCAGCAAAGCCACUGCUGCUGCUCUGAAACACUAUCCCCAGAGCCUCUCAAUGCAAGCUGCUGUGCAUCAACAAGUUCUAAUUACAGGGGAAUUGACGCGGGUUCUCCAAACUGCAUGCCAGGGGAGAGGCCCGAGGGUUGCUGUGUGAACCAUACAUCUCGCCAGGGGCAUCCUCACUCCCACCUCCAGACCUCUGCGGGAACACGCAGCCACACCCCAGGUCUCCACGAUGAUGCUGGCUGUAGCUCUCAGGUUUACAAUCCAGACAACAAGACCUGCUGUGCCGGGAGGUUGUCCAAUAGGGUGCUCGGAAAAAACCUGUGCUGCGGUACAACUCCAUAUGGUGUAGAGGACCGAGGGGUGCUGUGCUGUAACCAGACGUUGCACCGUGGGGUGGAGGCUGGGCACCAGUGCUCCCCAGGUGGCCACUUGUAUCUGCCAUCCCGUGAAAUUGUGUGUGAGUCACGUGUUCAUCUCAACAAUCUAGGCAAACACUGCUGUGGAGAAGAGACUUACGACCCUCAGGAUGAAAUCUGCUGCAGCGGACACAAACACCGCAGGUUGGGGAACAUGUCCUGCUGCGGAGGGAAGGCCUACGACCCCAGCAGUGGCCAGAUGAAGUGCUGUGCAGAUACUCUGUACAACCUGCAGGUUCAGGACAGGCUCUCAGAGGAUGCCCAGUGCUGUGGGAAUAUCCUGAUGGAGGCCGGCUCCACCUGCUGCUCUGCCCCAGGACUAGACCUGCUCUACCCUACCCAGCUAGGGUUCACCUGCUGUGGGCACCGCUACCCCAACUCCUCCCUGUGGUCUUGCUGUGCGGGAGUCCUGCACCCAAGGACUGAACGAAACACCACCAGCAUGAACAUGAUUCCAGGACUUCUCAGGAUUCUACCACUGGGGGACCUGAAGACGGAAAAGUUAUGUGACAACAAAGUUCUGCUAGGGACAGUGGAGAGUGUGUCUGUGAAGAAGAAAACGCGAUCCAUCGUGAUGGUGAACGUCAUGUCCAUGCAGGCCUCGCGUGGCCAUGUCAACGCUCUGCCUUCCCCUCACUACCUCACAUUACCCGACCACUGCAGCUCUCCUGAAUUGGUGCCAGGCAACACUUACCUCUGGGUGAAAACAAGACAUUUCUCAGACACCAUAAACGUAAUCUCUGAUCUCAGCGACCAUCCCUCCCCUCUCCAUUCCAUCCUCUCCAGGUGCUCAAAAUGAUACAUUUAACCAUGUUGAGGGUAUAAAGUGUUUGUUUAUAAAUAAUGGCACAAAAAAAGCAGUAACAUUUUACUUGACACCCAGUGACACAGUCAUGUCCAUUUCAUAAUAUGUCAUAACAGCUGUCAUAACGUUUCUGAUAUGGUCAUAACACUUUCGUGACGUAUAUUGAAUUAUUUUAUCGCUGGUUAUGACACCUACAUAAGAGUGUAAAAACACACAGCCUACUACGGUAGUUAUUUUAUGGCUGGUUAUGGCACCUACAUAAGUGUCAAAACCAACACAAACUACCACACCAGACAAAACAUUCCAUUACACCAUAGCCUACAUGUCAACAGUAUGUUUAUGCUAAUAUAUAUAUAUAUGCACACACUGUAUAUAUUUUUUUAAUUGACCAUAUUAAAUUAUCAUUGUGAUUAUGCACACAUUGAUGACACAUGCCCAUACCCCAAUGCUCUGUUGCUGAUGACUGGGAUGAAUGUAGGAGCAGAUUUCAAGAGCAGGACAAGGCACCCUCUUUUUUUUUCUUUGUCUGAUAUAAGGGCAUGUAAAGCGUAUCUGGCUUAUAUAAUUACGAUGGUCAUAAUGCCUCUUGACAUGGUCAUUAAAGUGAAUUUUCUUAGUCCAAGUAAAGUGACAGGAUGGCCAUCAAGCAUCAUGACAGUGUCCUGAAAAAAAAAACGUGACUGUAAAGAAUUCAUAACGGCAACAAAGGGUGUAAGAAGCCAACUUUCAAACCAAAGGAAAUUUUGGUUCUGAUGGGGUAGGACAGUUGAACUAAGCAAAUGAGUCAUGUGUUAUAUUCUUCAAGAAACAAUUUGUAUGUCAUUCAUUUAAAAGUCAAAAAAUGUAUGUACAGUAGCUAUCACAGAUUGCCCCUUUUUAUGUUAUCAAUAGAUGUUUAAGUUAUUUUUUUAUUUGCUUACAAAAAUCGACCACCGUUUUAUGGUCUCUCAAGGAGUCAUAUCUCAGGAUAAGCCAUAUUUUAUGAUAUUUGUCUGGGUGGUGUUUUCUGUUUAUGACAAAAGUUCCUUUAAUGUUAAUGCAAUUGUAUUGUCUUCGAUUCCCUCCUUCAAUUCCAUACUGAAGCUAUUUCUUAAUUGAAAGUUAAGUUGUUCUACGUGACACUAACAGCGUAGGAGUAAACCUGUCUGUGAAGUGAUUUGUGGUGGGGGGGGGGGGGCAGCAGGUCGUUACAUGCUCGCCCACUCCUACAAGUUGCCUCUGAGACUUGUUCCACCAAUGCAAUAACAUCCCAGGGCACUGGGUCAAUGAGCAGAGUAUGUUAAUGAAUAAAGUAUUGUGAAACUAUG